AAUAAUUGUGCAUGUAUUGAUGAUCAUAUGGAAGGAGGAUAUCCUUAUCAAAACAAAAGAUUGAUUCAUUCUGAUGUGGGAAUCUUGUAUGAAUGUAAUUCCAAAUGUAGUUGUAAUUCAAAUUGCAGGAAUAGAAUCAUUCAAAAUAGUCCAAAAUUAAACAGAACUUUACAGAUAUUCAAAACCAAUAAUAAAGGAUGGGGAGUUCAAACACUUGAAAAUAUUAAAAGAGGAGGAUUUGUUACAGAACAUAUGGGAGAAGUGAUUGAUUCAAAAACAGCAUUAACAAGAACAAUUUGCUACAACAAAUUACAUAUAAUGCCAUUUUUUGACCUUGAUUAUG